GCAUCCGCCCUCGCCAUGCGCGACGAGCCCCGCAAAACAUCGCCGUCGCCCUCCAUCCAGGAGAAGCUCUCCAUCUACGAAAACGUCGUAUCUCGGAGCGCGUUGAUCGCGUCCGGCAGCGUGGGGCUGGUCCCCGUCGGAGCCCUGGGAGCGGACGAGAUGGUGCAGGAGGGGGAGGGGGCUGCGGGCGCGCUCAUCGCCCCGCGCCGCCUGCCCAACCCCUGCCUCGACAGCCCGCAGAGGAUGGACCUCCAUCGGGAGCUGUUGUUCAAUCAGAAGAUAGGCAAGAACGUCCUGAACCAGAAGAGCGAACUACAAAAGGCGCUUUCAAAACACAAAGAAAAGCAGAUCUUAAAUCAAGUUAAGGAACACAAGGAAACGCCAGAACUAGAGCGAGCCAUAGCGGAGCGCGCGCGGCGAUUGGAGGCGGCCGUGCCGGCGCCGGAGCCGGACCCGGCCACCAACCCCACGCUGCAGGAGCUGCGCGCGCGCCUGCGCCACGCCGCCACCAACUCGCCCGCCGCGCACUCGACGUAGUUCGCCCGCAUCCAGCUAGGUGCCGCUAGUCACCACUA